GUUUUUUCCUGACCUGGCAGUUAGUUAGUUUUGUAGUGAAUAGUUUUUGGAGAAAAUAUAGGUGGAAUCUAUUUGGCUAGUUGCGCGGGAUUUGAGUGCUCGCGGGUUUGUGAGUCGGAAGAGUUGAGUGACCGUUCGGUUGUUCCGGUUAGGUGAACCGGGUUGAGCUCAAUUAGAGCGGUAGGAAAGAAAAAGCCUUCAAAUAGCCGGUGAUAUCCGACGGUUUAGGGUUGCCAGAGCUAGAGCUUAGGGUAAACGGCGAAACUUAUUUUCGAGUUCGUUCGCAUACAACGUACUACGGAACAGUUUUUAUUUCCCACAAAUCUCGAAAAUAAAGCUGCAACGAGCAACCUAAACCUGGAACCGAUGAUGGAAGGCCCUACCGGAGAGCUGUACAGCUGCGUGACAUGUCGCCGCCCGGAUUCAGCGCAGAGCAUGGUCGCUUGUGACGAGUGUUCGCAGUGGCAACAUUAUGGAUGCGCCGGUGUUACGGCUACCAUAGCCGAUCGCAGCUGGCUCUGCUGCAGAUGCGUAGCUAGUCACAACGCAGUUAAUUUGACUCAAACCGGCAACAUAAACUCGCCCGAAGCACGCACAACAUUUGCUUCUGCUCGCGCGGUCGAUCGUGAUGAUAAUACCACCGGUCCAAUUAGUGGGAGACAGGACGAUCGAAAUUUCGGAAGACUUCAAUCGUCGUCUAAUUCGAAUGCCGGAUCAGUCGUCUCAGUCAAUGCUAUUGCUCAUCUUCGUUUGAAGCACUUGAAAGAGCAAAAGGAUUUGGAGGAUCAAAAAGCGGAACGGGAUCGCGAGUUUCUUGCUAGAAAGCAGCAGCUAGAAGCAGAAAUAGCUCUGGAAGAGCUCAAUGAAGGAUGUGAUCGUAGCGUAGGAGGAAAAAGUCAUCGAAGUAUCGCCGGUUGGGUGGAACAACAAUGCGGAUUUGUGCAUACUUCUACCCCAGUCCAGCAGAAACCCGAGACAGUGGCUCCAAGUGCGAACCCACAUCCCGCUAUCCAACAACGAGAGGAGCGGCAAAGAAUGCAAGCAAUUAUUCAAUCAGGUCAACAGAUUCAACCAAGCACUGCGCCAAAACAAGCAGAGAUUCCAGUGAGAAAUCCUCCCCCAGCUAUAGCACCGGGCCCAAGGAGCAAUUAUCUUGAUUCGAAUCCACGUUUUCCGCCAGUGGCUCAGAAUCCAGUUCCACCUGUACCAGUGAAUCCACUAAUAUUGCCACCGCUGAACUCGUCACAGUUCCCUGGAUUUCCAGUGAUGAAUUACCCCUACGGGGCGAUGUAUUUUCCGAAUAUUCCUGACAUGCCGUCAUCUGGUGCUGAUUAUCAGUUUGCGCACCCUCAGGGAGGAGUCUUUAUCAACAACCCAGUCAGGCAUCCGAACUUUGGUUAG